AGAUCACGCCUGUGCGGUUUGGUUUGGUCUGGUUUGGUCUAGACAGACCACACUCAACGAAAAAUGAACAAUUUGUUUUGUCAACCACACAAAAAAUUGAACCAAUAACCAAGAAAAAUAAUUGUUAUUUGCCUUGAAACAUUAAUCCUAACAUUUAUGAAUAAUUUUGGUACCCUAAUUCUUAAUACAUAACAAAUAUUUAAAGUAAAAGCAUCUCAACUUGCAUCAUAGCGUCAUAAAAUAUUAACAUAAUGUCAUAUUGAGACAUGAUUAUCUCUACUCUCUGGUUAAAUAUGGUUGUGAAUGAAGGAGAGACGAGAUUCACAAAAUUAAGGUUGAGACUUGGGUGUUGUUGUGGGAGUUGGGAGAGUGGUCAAAUGGGUUGUUAACACGUAUUGACAAGUCGGUUGGGUCCACGGUUUGGUCCGGUAAACCGCGGUCUAGACCAGACCAAAAGAUCAAAACAUAAAAUAAUACAAACCAUGGACCAGACCAGACCAUACUUAACGGUCUACGAUCCGGACCAAACUAUACGAUACGAUUUGGACCACGGUUUUUCUAACAGUCUCGUCUGUUUUCCAGCCCUACUGGUACACAAGCCGCAGAGUAUUAAUUAUUUUGACCGUGAAUGCAGAAUUGAUCAUCCUCUCUUCUGAUAUAACAGAGCUAUCCAUUAGAUGGAAUGCCUCUUGUGUUGUUUGAUUCUCGUUCCAAGUACUCUGUUUUGGCUGUUUCUGGAAGAUUCAGGCCUAAGGUUCAAAGCAUUGAUCUUAGUUUGUCGCGCCUGCGGUAAAAUUGUACGGCUUUGGAGUUCCUAUCUAGUCAGGUGUAGCCUGUCGAUAGAUGCGGUUUUCUGCAGAAACAACGUGUUCAUCGACGGCUAUUUCUUUGGAGGAAAGUCACCAUCCUAAAAUGGCUGGGAAAGGUCUCCUUCCCAAAGAAUGAUCACCGUACAGUAAGGAGUACAUCAGAUGAUUAAUAUGCUGCAGCUUGUCAGUGAAGCCAGUUUGAUGCCUAUUCCAUGUUUUUGUUGCCCGAAUCCAAUGGUCCUCGUUGGCCUUAUAUGUCUAUGCUUGUCGUUGCUCUCCUCUGGAACCUUAAACAACGGAGAACGAUGCUCCAGCCUUUUUUCACCUCUCCCUUCCAUUUUAAAUGCCCACCUAGCUAGCUUUUCGAUUUCAGUCCACCAUCCCAAAAGUCUCUCUCACUCACUCUCUCAAUUGGGUUCUCUGAAAAAAUGACGACUUUCUUCUCAUUGGAGCUGAUAACUGAGGCUGCUUCGAACUCGGUGAUGGUCUUCUUCUUCUGCAAUCUGAUCAUCGUCACCAUCCUCGUCGCCUCCUCCUCCUCCUCGACAAGCGGAAUGCACCACGUGUCGAUGGUGGGAACUCCCUACUACCACGUGACUAUUCACCAGCAGGAGGAGACUCUGGUUCUUGGUGCAGGAAAUGAUGCUCUGCUUUCCGGUGAUGAAAACAGAGCAUCUUGGUCGUUGUCGUCGUCCUCGGAACCUAAGUUGGGCGCAUUGGCAACAACUGCCCACCAAGAUGUAGAAAAAGAAGAAGAAGAGGAAAAGGAGGAAGAAGAAGAAGCUGAUUGCAGUAGUGGUGGAGCAGAAAAUGGAAAAGAGCAUUGCAAUGACAAUGAUGAGGAGGAGGAGGAGGAUGAACUGAGAAGGAGAGUUGAGGAGUUCAUAGAGAAGACUAACAAGGAAUGGCGGGCAGAAUUGCUGAGAACAUCAAAAUCACGGCUCAUGAUUGCUGGUUGAUUGCUUCCAAAUCACUAGAUAUGAAUGGUGAUUGAUGGUCGAAAUUCAGGAAGAGAGUUUUUUUUAUUGUUCCCAAGGAAUUUGGAAACUCAGAAAGCCACGUCCAGACAUUUUAAUGGCCGGCUCCUUUUAUCUUUCUUUCUAUAUUCUUCGCAGAAGAAACAUGAAUUGUAUUC